AUGCUUGUGUCAUAUAAGCAAUGCCUGGCUUGGCUUGCCCUUUCACUCACUUUACUCUGCAUUGAGUCUUCCAAUUGCCUGGACAUUUCUGACCCACGGGGAUCUAUUCAAGAAGAUCCCUAUGUGGAGCAAACCGGCGUAAAUGAAGGGCCAGGGCCGCCUUCGGACCCGCCCCCUCCGGUCGGAUUUGCAACCGAUAAAUCUGCUUCAAGAUCCGUUUUCAAGAGUAUGUUUAACUACCUGUUUGGUUUAGACUAUCCAUACCAUCAAUUCACGCCGCCCAAAGAAGAAGAAAGGAUAGAAAUACCGCAGUCGCUGUACACGAAGAAGAAAGUGGAUCUUGACGUUCUCGAUUUCACGGAUAUCGACGACGAUAAGCUAAAUAAACUAUUGUACGAUGUUUUACUCGAUUAUCACCCCGGGCAUUUCACGCAAUACAAAUCCGAAUGGGGACACACGGUUCUGACCAAGGACGGUCAAAUACCGCUCACCGGAGAUGCAAUCCAUUUCGACAUUUUCGAUGGAUACCUGCCCAUGGGUAUAACAUUCAACGAUUUGCGCGUCCUCUUCCUAUACACAAUCCAGGAGGGCUUCUACCUAUACAAAGUUAAGUUCGGCGACAUGGUCGUCACACUCAGACCGGAUUUAGAGAACGUCACGGUGCACCUAUUCGAGAACUACGGCGGUCUUAUGAUCAUCCGCAUCCUUUUCUUCAUCGAGGGCAUGUUCGAGAAGCACGAAUACAUCGAAACUGGACGUAAAACUCGGCUGUUCAAAAAAAUGUCUGGCAGAAGUAUCACACCGCCAAUGCCAAAGUUCCCAGCCGACCAGGAAGUAACGGAGGAAAUGAUUCUGCAAUGGAUGAAAGAGAGAUAUAGGGGCAUAGCCAAGUCCAAUCCCCCUAUCGUUGAAGAACUUGUAAAUUAUAAGAUCGUUUUCACGCGAUAG